GGUAACACUAAAUAAAUAUAUAAAAUAUAAUAUAAAGCCCGGCUUAGAGAUAACGAACUGAAAAACUUGUGAGUCCAAUUGGUCAUCUGAUUGUCCCUAAAAUGGGAGAACUUGUUAUGCGAGCUGCAUUGUCAGCAGUUUUGGGAAUCCUCCUGAUCACGGGCUGUAAAUCGGAUCAGAGGUUCAAGUACGAGAUCAAGGAAUUCCAAGUGCCGCUGGAUCACUUUAGUUUCCUGAUCAACGCCACCUUCAACAUUCGUUAUUUGUACAACGACUCGUUCGUCGACAAGAGCAAUGCCCGCACUCCGAUCUUUUUUUACACUGGAAACGAAGGGGACAUCGAACUUUUUGCCCAGAAUACCGGAUUCCUGUGGGAACAGGUGGAAAAACAGAGGGCUUUGGUCAUUUUCGCGGAGCAUCGGUACUAUGGAAAGUCUCUGCCCUUCGGGAGUUCCACUUUUAACACCAGCAUGCCGGAGCACUUGGCCUAUUUUACGGUGGAACAGACUUUGGAGGAUUACGCCAUGCUGAUCACUUAUCUGAGGAGCGAUCGCCAGAUGCCCGUGGUGGCCUUCGGGGGAUCCUACGGCGGAAUGCUGGCCGCCUGGUUCCGAAUGAAGUAUCCGCAUUUGGUCACUGGAGCCCUGGCCGCCUCGGCCCCCAUUCUCCAGUUUCCCGGUAUAACCGAUUGCGACAUAUUCUACAGGAUUGUGACUUCGGUUUUCGAGAAUGCCUACAACGCAAACUGCACAGUGAACAUUGCCAAGUCGUGGAAACUCUUUGAGACUCUGGGCGGGAACGAUGCCGGCAAGAAGCAGAUAUCUGAUGCAUUUCACCUGUGCAGUCCGAUCAAGAGCGAUGUGGAUUUGAAGAAGUUCCUGGACUACAUUGAAGAGGUCUACAGCAAUCUGGCCAUGGUGAACUAUCCGUACAACAGCAGUUUCCUGGCUCCAUUACCGGCUUAUCCUGUGAGGCAGGUAUGCUACUAUCUGAAGGAUUUGCAUACAGGCGAUGGAGAUUUGCUGCACGCCAUGUCCAGUGCCCUGGCAGUCUAUACCAACUACACUGGGUCCUCCAAGUGCCUGGAUAUAUCCUCGAACUCGAAUGCCGAUGAGGCCGGCUGGAAUGUUCAGACCUGCAACCAGAUGGUGAUGCCUUUCUGCUCCAACGGUACUGAAACCAUGUUCCGCUCAUCUGCCUGGAACUUCAAGGAUUUCGCCGAUAAGUGCUACAAGAACUAUCGUCUCACGCCCAAGCCGUAUGACAUUAUUUUACGUUAUGGCGGAAGAAAUCUGGAAGCUGUCACCAAUAUCAUCUUCAGCAACGGUCUGCUAGAUCCGUGGAGCGGUGGCGGUGUUCUGCAGUCCCCCAAUGACAAGGUCUUUGUCAUCAUCCUGCCGGAGGGAGCCCAUCACCUGGAUUUGCGCCACAGCGAUCCGGCUGAUCCACCGUCAGUGCGCGAUGCUCGCGAAAAGGAGGCAGAAAUCAUAGCUCGUUGGAUUCAAGAGUUCUGAAAUGAGAUUGCUUUUAUUCAUUCGGCUUAAAACUAUGUAAAAGCUUUUUAUAGGCCAAGCUAUCAAACAUUUGAAAUUAUUAAAACAUAGUUAUAACAAGUGAACAAUUUUUUAAAAAUACAAGAUCUAUUUUGUAGCACUUUUAAAAAUUA